AUGGGGAACCUUCUUAAAGUGUUGACUUAUAACGAACUUGACCAAGGCCCUAAUUUUUUCCUUGACUUUGAAAUUUGCAGCCCGUCGGGGCCAACCCGGGGCUGGGGGCUGCUCGGGGACCCCCCCCUGGACGCGGAGAGCGAGGUGAACAAUGAGAUGGCCAACAGGAUGUCCCUCUUCUACGCCGAGGCCACCCCCAUGCUCAAAACACUCAGCAAUGCCACCACCAAAUUUGUCUCGGAGAACAAAACCCUCCCCAUUGAGGACACGACCGACUGCCUGAGCACCAUGGCCUGCGUCUGCAGGGUGAUGCUGGAGACCCCGGAGUACCGGAGCCGCUUCACCAACACCGAGACCCUCCUCUUCUGCAUGAGGGUGAUGGUCGGCGUCAUUAUCCUCUACGACCACGUCCACCCCGUGGGGGCCUUCGCAAAGACCUCCAAGAUCGAUAUGAAAGGCUGCAUCAAAGUCUUGAAAGACCAACCCUCAACCAGCACCGAGGGGCUCCUGAAUGCUCUGAGGGUGUAUCGCAAGCAGCUGAAGGAAAAAAUUGUGCUCUCCCACCUCCCAAGGAGGAACCGUGUUGAUCGCAUUUGCCAGGAGAAUCCCAAGUGCCCUGGAAAAGGCCCUCCCGGUUUCACCCAGAGCGGCACGCCGGGAAGCGCGGUGGCGCAGACGGCGCUCGCGUCCUCCAGGAACGACGCUGCGGAGACCAACCGCCUCGCAGACGCGGCACAAAGAAUUCGCUGCUCAGCAACUCGGGAUUCAAAUGCGGGGCCGGUUCCCACUGCCAAACCACAGUGUAAACCCCCGGGAAUUCAGCUUUAA